CCCAGAGGCAGGUUUUGGACGAAACUUCUCAAUCUUAUUGAGAUCAAUUAGUGCGAAGAGCAAGUAUCCCACCGCUGUUGCUGUCUUUGUCGGUAUGGCAAGUGAUCCACAAACAGUCCCUUUGGACAACGCAUUCCUUGAAACUGUCAUGCAUCAAGGCAGAGAAUACCAGCGAUACGCAGUUGACAAUGGGGCUUAUUUUGCACCGAUAGACGAGGACGAAGUCGAGCGCUUGCAAAUCAUGCAUGCCGUUCUCUCAAUAGUGUUCGAAAACCAACUCCUUUUCCCGCCCAUCACCAGACCCCGACGAAUACUCGAGUGUGGAUUCGGAGCCGGCGACUGGGCUCUCGAAGUCGCACAGCAACACCCAAGCUGCGAGGUGGUGGCUAUUGACAUUUGCCCGCACAUCUGGCCAGACGAGACCCAAACACCCACGAACUUGAACCUUCAGGUUGACGACUUGAACGGAAGAUUUACCUUUCCAUCCAAUCAUUUCGAUCUCGUGCAUAGCCAAAUGAUGGCGGGCGGUAUUCAUUCUAACCGAUGGAGGGACUAUAUCCGCGAUACGUUUCGGGUACUUCGACCGGGUGGAUGGUGCCAGAUGGUGGAGAUAUAUUUCAAUGCGCAGUCGGACAACGGGACGUUGACUCAGAAUCACGCCUUGCGCAGGUGGUCGAGGCGAUACCUGGACAGUAUGCAACCUUACAAAGAUCCACGAGCGCCGCUCCAGAUGCAGAAUUGGAUGCAGAGCGCAGGGUUUGACUCGGUGGAGACCCAAAUGAUUCCUCUCCCAACAUGUGGCUGGUCGAAUGAUCCGAGGCAGCACCAAAUCGGCGUGGUCAACCGAGAGAAUGUCCGGAGGAUGCUCGCCUCCCUGGCCAUGUAUCCCAUGACAGAGUUCAAAGGAAUGACCUCGCAAGAGUUCCAGGUCCUGGUGGCCCAAGCCAGGAGUGAAGCCGAUAACCCAGCAUUCAGGGCAUAUUUCCCAAUGUAUGUUUGUAUAGGUCGAAAACCUCGCCGGUGAGGCAUGUCGGGGCAUCAUAUGGCAGGGUUGCUUGUUUGACCGAGCAUUGCGGGGCGUUUAGGUUUGAAGACUUGGUGGGCUUUCUGGAACAGAAUU